UGAAACAAUGAUUUUAAUUUGAACAUUUUUUAAAUUACAUUAAUUAAUGUUGGUUGUGGAUUGUUAUUAGAAAAUGAAUCAAAAUAUUGGUGAUUAUUGAUUACUAGCUAAAGGUACAUUAUUGACCAACAAAUUUUUACUAAUUAUAAAGCUAUUAGAGGAGUUUGAAUAUAUUAGAUAUUCAUCCGUAGUGAAGUAUGUUCUGCGAUAUAAAUAUACUGCGGUUGGAUGGGUGGCAAUUAUUAUAUUGUUAAAUGCUUUUGUGAUUAUUUUUUCUUGUUAUCCGAUUUAAUUACUUGUGUGCAUUAUUAGAUAGUUAUUAAAUUUGGAAAUGUUGUAGAAAUAGGGAAAACUUUGGCGAAUUUUUUUUAGGAUUCUUAAAUGAACAUGUUUUUUAAUAUUUAAUUACCAAGAACCGAUUGACAACUAUGAACAUCAAGAACAACCAAUGGUCUAUGAGGAUGUAAGUCAAUGUGUAAAAUUAUGUUCGGAUAACAUUGACAAUGUUGUGGCUGAGGGUGUCAUAAUUGAGGCGGUUGGUUUCUUUUCAUAUCAUGGUGACAUAAUUUCAAAUGAUUAUGCACGGGUUCAAAUCACACAAGUUAUUCAAGGGGAAUUUGAAAUCCCAUAUCGAAGAGGUGCAAUACGCUAUGUUCGUGAUAUGCUUCAACAUUCAACUCCUAUUACAGCCAUAAAAGAAAAAUUUAGCGGCCUAUCCCAAUAUUCUGAGGACGAUCAUCUCUUACUGAUUCGAUAACAGUGGUUAAGUCAAUUGCUUCCCUUGAUAUAUAACAAUUAAUUAUAGUAGUCUUUUAUUGUAUUUUUUCAGACAUUGUGGAGUAUUUUAGAGAUUUAUCCAUAAUAUGUAAAAUGUUAUUUAAAAUUGAACUUACAAAUUAUUAUUGUUGUUAUUAAAAAUGAUAUUAAUCAUUCAUUUUUAAUU